UGGGAUUCUCCACUCCCAGUUGUCUCAGGAAGAAGAGAAGACUUCAGUGGAUCCAGCCAUGUUCCUGGUGCUCUCUUGCUUGUUUCUCCUUUUGCUCUGGAGAUGGAACUCUGCGAAAGGAAAGCUCCCUCCUGGCCCUACUCCUCUCCCGAUUAUUGGAAAUAUCCUGCAGUUGGAUUUAAAGGACAUUAGCAAAUCCUUCUCGAGUUUUUCAAAAGUCUAUGGCCCUGUGUUCACCGUGUAUCUGGGCAUGAAGCCCACUGUGGUGCUGCAUGGAUACCAGGCAGUGAAGGAGGCCCUGGUUGAUCUUGGAGAGGAGUUUGCUGGAAGAGGGAGUUUCCCAGUGGCUGAAAGAAUAAAUAAAGGACUUGGGAUCAUUUUAAGCAAUGGAAAGAGAUGGAAAGUGAUCCGGCGCUUCUCGCUCAUGACCCUGCGGAAUUUCGGGAUGGGGAGGAGGAGCAUUGAGGACCGAGUUCAAGAGGAGGCCCGCUGCCUGGUGGAGGAACUGAGAAAAACCAACGCCUCACCCUGUGAUCCCACCUUUAUUCUGGGCUGUGCUCCCUGCAAUGUGAUCUGCUCCAUAAUUUUCCAGAACCGUUUUGAAUAUACAGAUCAAACUUUUCUUAAAUUUUUGAAAAUGUUGAAUGAAGGUAUCGAUAUUUUGAACUCCCCGUGGAUACAGGUCUGCAACAAUUUUCCAAUUCUGAUUGAUUAUUUCCCAGGGAGUCACAAGAAAUUUAUUGAAGAUAUGAGUUAUAUCCCAAAUUUUAUUUCAGAGAAAGUAAAAGAACACAAACAAUCCUUGGAUAUGAACAAUCCUCGAGAUUUUAUUGAUUGCUUUCUGAUCAAAAUGGAUCAGGAAAAGCACAACCAGCAGUCUGAAUUUACCCUUGAAAGCCUGAAAUUCAUUGCAUCUGAUCUAUUUUCUGCUGGAACAGAGACCACGAGCACCACUCUCAGAUAUGGACUCCUGCUCCUGCUGAAGCACCCAGAGGUCACAGCUAGGGUCCAGGAAGAGAUCGAGUGUGUGAUCGGCAGACACCGGAGCCCCUGCAUGCAAGACAGGAGCCGCAUGCCGUACACGGAUGCUGUGAUACAUGAGAUCCAGAGAUUCAUUGACCUGGUCCCCACCAGUCUGCCCCGUGCUGUGACACGUGACGUUAAAUUCAGGAACUACCUCAUCCCCAAGGGGACAAAUAUAAUAACAUCACUGACAUCAGUGCUACAUGAUGACAAAGAAUUCCCCAACCCAGAGACGUUUGACCCUGGCCACUUCCUGGACAAGAGUGGCAACUUUAAGAAGAGUGACUACUUCAUGCCUUUCUCAACAGGAAAACGUAUUUGUGUGGGAGAGGGCCUGGCCCGCAUGGAGCUGUUUUUAUUCCUCAUCACCAUUUUACAGAACUUUAGACUAAAACCUCUGGUUGAUCCAAAGGACAUCAACAUCACCCCAGUUGUCAACGGAUUUGCUUCUGUGCCUCCUCCAUAUCAGCUCUGUUUCAUUCCUGUCUGAAGAAGGACUGAUUCCCUGGCUGCAUCCGGGCUGUUGUCUGAAACUCCUAAACCUAUGUGGGAUGCCUUCUCUGACUUCUCAUCCUACAUAUUCCCACUCCUUCACUAUCCACUAACCAACCAAUUUCCUUUGAUGAAAACUUCCUGAUAUUACACGAAUACAAACAUAUACUUCCUAGUCUUCAUAUUCUCUAUACAUAUAUUCUUCACUCUAUAUUUUGAUACUUAGGAGUUAUUACUGAAGUAUCACUAAAAAUACCCCAAAACUUGAAAAGUAUUAUGUUAAGUAAAAGGAAACAGUCAUAGAAAAACAAAACUUUGAUCUCAGUUACACAUAUAGAAUCUAAAAUUUGAAUUCAUAGAAGUAGACAGGAGAAUGGAGUUCAUUCAAAGCUGGUGUUGGGAUGGGUUUGGAUGAGGAAAGGGGAGAAGUUAGCUAACGAGCAUAAUACUUCAGUUAGUCUGACAGGAGGAAAAAGUUUUUCUUGAUCUGUUCCGCAAUAUGAUAACUAUAGCUACUAAUAACUUAUUGUAUAUUUUAAAAUUGUGAAAACAAGUUCCUAAUGUUCUCAUCACAUAUAAAGAAUAACUAUGUGAGAUAAUGGUCAUGUUAACUUUUCCUGAUUUAAUCUUCUUACAGUGAAUAUAUGUGUCAAAACCUCACAUUGUACCCUAAAAAUAUUUACAAUUAUUGUUUGUCAAUGAAAAAUACAUGAAAGUGGAUUAAAAAUAUAAAUUAAAACCAAGUUUCUUAUGCUUUAA